AUGAACCUCUUUGCCUUUCUCUUUUUCCUCCUUCCUCUGCUCGCCGCCUUUGUGCGCUCCUCUGGUAGUGAAGCGUGCCCUGACGGAUAUGAGCCCGGCGUCGACGCCUAUGGCGACCCAACAUGCAUAUCGACCAAGACCCACAUCCAGUUCCCUUUGCCGGGCGAAAGUCGCAGAUACUUUGACCAAUGCUGCCCAACCGACACGCCGUACCAACGCGAUGAGAGCGGCAAAUUUACAGCAAAGUCUCCACCUCCACCUCCACCAUCUCCUCUACCACUACCUCCACCUCCACCACCACCUCCUCCUUCGCCCUUCCCGGCUCCUCUGCCACCCAGUUGCAAACCUCCAACUAAGCAAUUGGGGCGCAUAGCCCACGACGGUGUGUAUGUCAAAGACGGCAGCAUCCAGGAUAUCACCUUCAAGGUAUGCAAAGAUCCGAUGAACUGUUUCAGUGGGCCGGUCGAAGCCAAAGACCGGUUCUAUCUGCAAAAUCAACUGAGCGACAUCAGGGAUGCGAAGGGCGCUCUUGGAUUUAGCCAAGGACGUCGCGGUGGUAGCUUGAGAUUCACGACCCUCGGAUCAGAAGCCGGCCAGUUCAAGGGGACCGCCUCCUGCGCGAACGGGGAAUGUGCCAUUCAGAUCUUUGGCAACGCUGAGCUCGGCGGUUUCGGCUUGACCGAUGGCUGCGCCAGCGAUGCCCCCGGUACCGGCUACGUGCGAUUCAAAUCGUCUACAUGUGCUUCAAAUCGUCUACAUGUGCACGGCUGCGUUGCUGAUCUGUUUGACUUUGGCCAACAGUGGGACAAUCCCAAGAUCGGCUCGAAGAUGCGGUUCUCCCCAGUCCCUUGCGAUGAUUAUAGUAUCUGA